CCAUUCUAGUGCUCGAUUGCACGUGGCCUCGAAAUGCCGUGCAUGAAAACAUGCUGCUUUUACGCAUCUACCCGGCUGGGUAGCAUCGUUAUUGGAGCGUUGACAAUCAUUGAAAAUUUGAUACCAAUGAGCGUCAUCGGAGGCAGCGAUGGCAUCCUGCAAAUGGCGAAGAGAACGCAUCAAAAUAUCGACGAGUUUGAUCAGCAGGAGAUUUUCAUGUGGGUUUUGCAGCAAAUGGAGUCCAAUUCUGAUCAGGUUUUUCUGUACGUGAUGAUCUUUUUUGCUGUGCAUACUCUUUGUUGUAUUGUAAUGAUCGUUGGUGCUUUCAAGCUUCUACGGUAUUUGCUUGUUCCGUUCAUUAUUUUGGAAUUUGCUAGGCUAACCCUUUUAACAUUAGCUCAUGUGACAACCAUGAUGGUUGUUAAAAAGCAGUUGAAUUUGGGUGAUCUUAUAGCACUAACCAUUGCUGGUGGAUUUGGACUACUUUUGCUAUUCUACCUGUGGGCAUGCGUUGUUUCACUGUUUCAAAUAAUAGGAAUAAUCCAAACUGAGAAGUAUCAAGCGCUAUUUGGGAAGGAUCCGAUUGCACCUGUAAAGAAGGACAUUCCUAAUACUUCGGAAAAAGAAAUCGUCACUCGCGUACAACCUUCUGCACUGAAAGACAAGGAAUACUUUACCUACAAUACAAACUUCACCAAUGAAUACUUUAACGCUAGCAAGCAUAACAUAUAAUAAGAAAAGACAGUUUGUACAAGGGUGCUCAUAAUAUAUUUGUAACGCU